AUGACAAUGGUCUCCUUCACCGACCCCUGGGGCUUCGUCACCAACUCCCGCGACGAGCGCAACAUGCUCGCCAGCUGGCGCCGCGGCCUCUUCUCCUUCGGCUUCGUCAACCGCUUCCGCUGGCUGCGCGACCGCGUCACCCGCGUCUGGUGGGGCCACUUCUUCCUCCCGAGCACGAGCGACGACGUCGGCAUGGGCUACCUCAUGGCGCAGGCCGACAGGCAGGUCUCGGAGAGGGAGCGGCGGAUGGAGGAGGAGGCGUUCACGCAGGAAAAGCCUGAUUUCAUGCAGCUAGCCCUUGAAGCCCGCAUCGACGGGAAGCCCCUGACGUCCUCGCAGAAGCGUGCACAUGUCACGCUGCUCAUUCAGGCCGGCGCCGACACGACAGGCACAGCCCUGGGUAGCACUCUUCGCUUCCUCCUCACACAUCCCUUGGCCCUCGCCCGCGCCCGCGCCGAGAUAUCGGCUGCCGAACAGGCGGGCCACCUCAGCCCGACGAUUCAGUACGAAGAGACGCGGACGCAUCUGCCCUUUUUCGUGGCGUGCAUCAAGGAGGCGAUCCGCCUGCACCCGUCCGCGACGAACCUCUUCGCCCGUGUGGCGCCGGCCGGGGGCAAGGUCGUGGACGGGACGUGGGUGCCGGCCGGGGCGGAGAUCACGGCUAAUGCGUGGGUCGUGCAGCGGGAUCCGCGGCUUUACGGGCCGGAUCCGGAAGCGUUCCGGCCGGAGAGGUGGUUAGAGGGGGAGGUUGGGGGUAACACGAAAGAAGCGAUUAGUGAGAUGGAAGCUUGCAUUUUCGCAUUCGGGAUUGGGCCGAGGGUUUGCCUGGGGAAGGAUGUUGCGUACAUGGAGAUGUACAAGUUAUUGCCCGAGACUGUUCGUCGCUUUGAUUUUGAUAUGAAGAGAGAGGGCAGGAUUGUCGUUGUGGGUGGUAUUGCUUAUAACGAAGACUUUGUGGUUCAGCUUAGAGUGAGGGAGUAG